ACGCAGACGGUGCCGAGUUGGAUGUUGGGUGUGCUGGCUGCUAUUGUGCCGCUGGUUGUGAUUUUGUUUACGUCGAUUUUCGUCAAGAGGAGUGUGUUUGAUGCGCACAUGUCGACGUUGGGCCUCGCAGUGUCAUUAGUCUUCACCCUGAUCUUCACACAGAUCGUAAAGAUCGCCGUCGGAAGUCUGAGGCCAGACUUUCUGGCGAGAUGCCAGCCGGUCUGGAAGUACGACGACAUGCUAACAGUCACUAUGGUGGACAGAUGCACGGGCGACGCAGGAGACAUCAAGGAAGGACGGAAGAGUUUUUUCAGUGGGCAUUCAAGCAUGGCAUGGAGCGGCUUGGGCUUCCUGGCCAUCUACCUCGCCGGCCGCCUCAAUCUCGACCGCAAACCUUUGGCACCGAAAUACGCCGUCGUCACGAUCCCGAUCGUAGUUGCCCUCCUGAUUUCAAUCUCCCGCGUAGACGAUUACUGGCACAGAUGGGAAGACGUCGUUGUGGGAGCCGUCGUCGGAGCCACCAUCUCCGCCUGGUCAUACAGCUAUCACUGCACGAUAGCCGAAUCGGUCGUAACCGGCGACGACAGGUCGGCAUCUGGAAUCGAUGAUACACAUUCUUCCCAGCAUCGCGGAAGCACGUUGACCCAGGAGGGCUCGCACGAAAGGCUGCGACCUGGCGCGAGGGUAUCGUCCCACCGACAAUCCACUGGCGAUGUGAACAUUGCCGUCGACGACGAGAGUCAGACGGCGGGAGGAAACAUCAGGCAGAACAAUCGCCUCGAACAACGUAACGGCUCUUUCUUCAGAUCUUGA